AUGAGUUCCAUCCCUUCUUCUUUUCAUGUGGGUUCCCAAGCUCCGCCCUUAGGUCAUGCUAAGGGGGUUUUGGGUCCAAACCUUGAGAUGACGUUGGGCCCUUCAAUGGUUCAGCCCCAGGAGUGUAAGGGGACAAAGAGAACCAAUGAUGAAAGGGUCGAAAACAGGAACUUGUGUUUGAAACGUGGGGAAGAAGGAGAAGCUAAGGGCUCUGCUUCAGGGAAAGAUAGGUUCACCAAGCUUUGUGCUAGAGGUCACUGGAGGCCAGCUGAAGAUGACAAACUUAAGGAGCUUGUGAGCCAAUACGGUCCACAAAAUUGGAACUUGAUUGCUGAACAUUUAGAAGGAAGAUCAGAUCCUAAGAUCAACAGAAGGUCUUUUUCUGAGGAGGAAGAGGAAAAACUUUUGACUGCCCACAAAAUGUGUGGUAGCAAAUGGGCCAUGAUUGCUAGACUCUUUCCUGGAAGAACAGAUAAUGCAGUGAAGAACCAUUGGCAUGUGAUGAUGUCUAGGAAGCAGAGGGAGCAGUCUAAUAGUGCGUAUCGAAGGAGAAAACCAAUUAUUGAUGAACCUGUUCCGAAGGGUUUGAAUCUGACAUUGUCUAACAACGCAACUAGUGAGUCAACAAUCUCAAGCACCAUUGAUGAGUCUGCUUCAACUUGCACCAACUUCUCCCUUACUCCCUCUUCAGCCAGGUUGACUCCUUCUUUUGAACUCUUAGACCAACCAGGUCCUUCUCAAAUUCAUCAAGCCUUUCCAUCAAAAAUGGGACAAUCUAGAGCGGAUUUGAAGUUGAACAAAUAUUUUUGUGGUUGGAACGGGUCACAUACUGUUGAAUACGAGGGACAAAUGCUAAUGGGAGUGGACCAGUCUAGUUUUUCUGAUGCAAACUCAGAAGUAUCAGUAUCUGAGUCAGUUGCCACCAAUAGGUCUAAUCUCUCAAUUUCUGCAGAGAAAGAGAGUGAAACUAUGGGUGAUUUCGGGGAGAAGUAA